CUCGGCUUUUCUGGAUUAGCUCAUCAAAUCGCGUCUGGACGCUAAAUGCAACCCCUCAAUGUGUCACACUUUCAGCCGCGCCUUUUUCGGACUCAGUAUUUACAUAUGAUAUCACAGCUUUGAUAGCAUUCUGCACGAGCUUGCUGCUAGAAUGGACCCCCUCUCAAUCGCGACCGCCUGCGUAGGUCUGGCGGGCACCAUCACUACAAUGGCCUUUAACCUUACAACGUUUGUCUGCGAUGUUAGAGACGCAAGAAGCGAAAUAGAUGCCGUUAGUCGAGAGUUGUUGUCAUUGAAGAGCGUUCCUGAGCUCAUAGCCGAUGAUUUCGAAAACGCACCACGACCGCCUCCUGAUGGCCUGCUGACGCAGAUAUCCGGCGUUCUUUCUAACUGUAAGAACGUAGUCGCAGAGGUAGAAGGCUGUGUUCAAACUCAUCAAGGUUCCCGGAUCCAAAAAGGAGCUCGCUGGGUUGCCUUUGGUAGGGGAGAUAUGGCUAGGCUGCGAGCCACUCUGGAAGCACACAAGACAACACUAAACCUGGCCUUGGAGAUGCUCUCUCUAACCACUCUCCGUGAUGUCCAACAGGAGGCUAUUGCGGUGAAGCAAAACACGGACGUUCUGGUCAAAGACUCCAAGGACAUUGUAGAAGGCACGGCCAGAAUUCUCGAAGCGAUUGCGGAUCUACAAUCGAAGCUCCCAGGAAGCCCUCGCUUCUUCAUGCUAUCACGUUACCUCGACGAGUUAACGACAUAUGCUGAGACUGUGUCUGAUGACGCCGAAGCGCGGUUCGAAAGUCUGACCAUACAAAGUGCAGACGACUCGGAUGCCGGGGUUGUAUCAGAGACGUGCCAGAAUGAGAACAGCAAAGAAAGAAACAAUGUCUUCAGCUCAAAACCAAACCCACCCAAUUCUUACGAUCGUUGGAAUCAAAUCCGCCGGAACGCCGCUGAACGUGCAGCUCAGCCGCCGCAGGAGGAUCGGAAAGAGGAGAAGGACAGUGCCGGGUAUAGCAAGACUUUCGAUAGUGAUGGUGAGGAAACGAUAGAAUCGCGCGUACGGCGGAUUCAGGCGCGUGUUGCCGAGCUUGUCGGUCAAAUGGAACCCCGUAGGACCUGAGAGGCCUGCCUACGUACUUGGAAUGCUUUUUUCGAAAUUGACUUGUGGAGUCAAUUCAAAAUCUGCUUAUAUUUCUUUGCAGGAUAUCAUCAGUCUGGCUGAUGAUCAUUAUACUAGCAAACCGAAGUUCGACUGAGUCAAUUCGUUCAUUCCGGCCUGAGGGCUCGAUCGAAGAUUCUACAGAGCCAACUCUCCUCAUAGCAACAAGCACCAAAAAGUCCCUAGCUGAAAGUGACAGCGUGUCUCGAUUGCUUGACGGA